AUGGGUCUCUUGGAGGAAACCUAUGGAAAUGAAUUAAUUGAAGAGCAGACUCCCCAGGAGUACUCCGCGUUUAAGCCCGAGAAGGGCUAUGGCUGGGCGGAGGCCCUGCCCGCGAAGCAGGGUCUCUACAACCCAGAACUUGAGAAGGAUGCUUGUGGUGUAGGCUUUACUGCCCAUAUUAAGGGCAAGGCGAGCCACAAAAUCGUCAGCGAUGCCCGCAAUUUGCUAUGCAACAUGACCCAUCGUGGAGCCGUUGGCUCCGACGCACGAGAUGGUGACGGUGCUGGUGUGAUGACUAGCAUUCCGCACAAGUUCUUCGUGAAAAACUUUGCACGCGAGGCUGGCGUCGAGCUUCCCCCAUUGGGACAAUAUGCUGCGGGUAACCUCUUCUUCAAGCCCGAUAAUGAGGCGCUGAAGGAGUCCAUUGCGACUUUCGAGGAGAUCGCAGAGUCCCUGGGAUUGCGAGUUCUCGGUUGGCGUGAGGUUCCCCGCGACUCCAGCCUGCUGGGUCCGGCCGCGUUGUCGCGUGAGCCUCUGAUUAUGCAGCCCUUCGUUGUGCUUCGCUCUGCCUAUGGCGAUGGCAAUAAGCCCGAGAUCACCGACCCCGAGAAGUUCGAUGAGAAGCUGUUCGAGCGUCAGCUGUACGUGUUGCGGAAGCGGGCCACUCAUGUCCUUGGCCUGGCGAACUGGUUCUAUCUUUGCUCUCUCAGCAACAGGAACAUCGUGUACAAGGGCCAGUUGGCACCAGUUCAAGUCUACCAGUACUACCACGACCUCGUCAACGUGGACUACGAAGCCCAUUUCGCUCUGGUCCACUCUCGUUUCUCUACCAACACUUUCCCCUCCUGGGAUCGCGCACAGCCGUUGCGAUGGGCUGCCCACAACGGUGAAAUCAACACUCUCCGAGGGAACAAGAAUUGGAUGAGAGCGAGAGAAGGGGUGCUGAAGUCGGACAUCUUCGGUGAUGAACUCGACUACUUAUACCCCAUCGUGGAGGAUGGCGGCUCCGACUCCGCUGCUUUUGAUAAUGUUCUGGAACUCUUGAUGAUCAACGGUGUUUUGUCCCUCCCGGAAGCGGUGAUGCUCAUGGUCCCAGAAGCCUGGCAGGAUAACCCUUCCAUGGACCCAGCCAAGGCGGCAUUCUACGAAUGGGCAGCAUGCCAGAUGGAGCCUUGGGAUGGCCCUGCGUUGUUCACCUUCUCGGACGGUCGCUACUGUGGUGCGAACCUCGACCGCAAUGGUCUCCGUCCGUGCCGAUUCUAUGUGACUGACGACGAUCGCAUCAUCUGUGCCUCCGAAGUCGGUACGAUCGAUCUGGACCCCGAAACCAUUGUCCAGAAGGGCCGUCUGCAGCCGGGUAAGAUGCUGCUGGUCGACACUGUCGCCGGCCGCAUCAUCGACGAUGCUGAGCUGAAGCACACCGUUUCUCACCGCCAUGACUUCCGAGCUUGGCUGGACAAGGAACUGCUCACUCUCCCUAACGUUUACAAGUCCUUGCAGGAGCAAAACGAAGACUUCAGCGUCACGCUGGAUGACUCCACUGUCCAGAACGAUGCUCGUCUGAAAGCAUUCGGCUAUUCUUUUGAGCAGGUCAGUCUGCUUCUGGGACCUAUGGCUGCCGAUUCCAAGGAGGCCUUGGGUUCGAUGGGCAACGACGCACCACUGGCAUGCCUGGCUCAGCAGCCUCGCUUGCUUUAUGAGUAUUUCCGUCAGCUUUUCGCGCAGGUUACCAACCCGCCCAUUGAUCCCAUUCGUGAGGCCAUUGUCAUGUCUCUGGAAUGCUAUGUUGGCCCUCAGGGUAAUCUGCUGGAAAUGGACCCCUCGCAGUGCCACCGCCUCCUGCUGCCAUCUCCUAUUCUCACCCUCAGCGAAUUCAAAGCGGUGAAGAAUAUCACCAAGGUUCACAAGGACUGGCCCGUGAAGGUCAUCGACAUCACGUUCGAGAAACAGAAGGGCGUUCAAGGUUACCUGGACGCCCUCGAUGCCAUCUGUGAUGCGGCGACGGAAGGUAUUCAGAAUGGAGACAAGAUCCUCAUCCUUUCUGACCGUGCCACCUCUGCGGACCGCGUCCCGGUUUCUGCUCUUCUGGCCACCGGUCUUGUCCACCACCACCUUGUCCGCAACAAGUGGAGGUCCCUGGCCGCCCUGGUCGUUGAGACCGGAGAAGCCCGUGAGGUCCACCACAUGUGCGUGCUCGUGGGCUAUGGUGCCGAUGCUAUUUGCCCGUAUCUGGCGAUGGAGUGCAUCCUCAAGAUGAAUCGCGAGAAGCUCAUCCGUAAGCCGCUGUCUGACGAAAAAGUCCUUGAGAACUACAAGGCCUCGUGUGACGGCGGUAUCCUCAAAGUCAUGAGCAAGAUGGGUAUUUCGACUCUGCAGUCAUACAAGGGCGCCCAGAUUUUCGAGGCCCUUGGUAUUGAUGACAGCGUCAUUGAUCGCUGCUUUGCGGGUACCGCAAGCCGCAUUCGCGGUCUGACCUUUGAGCAGAUUGCCCAGGAUGCCUUUGCUUUCCACGAAAGAGGAUUCCCGUCUCGACAAAUUGUGGAAAUCCCUGGAUUGCCGGAGUCGGGUGAAUACCACUGGCGUGACGGUGGUGAGGCUCACGUCAACGACCCGGUCAGCAUUGCGAACAUCCAGGACGCUGUGCGCACGAAGAACGACAAGUCCUAUGAAGCCUACGCCCGAUCUGAGCAUGAACAGAUCAAAAACUGUACACUGCGGGGUAUGCUCGAGUUUGACUUUGAAUCGCGCACUCCAAUUCCGAUUGAGCAAGUCGAGCCAUGGACUGAGAUUGUCCGCCGAUUCGUCACCGGUGCCAUGUCCUACGGAUCUAUCUCCAUGGAAUCGCACACCACUCUCGCCAUCGCCAUGAAUCGCCUGGGCGGCAAGUCAAACACCGGUGAAGGUGGUGAGGAUCCAGAGCGCAGUAAGAGGUUGGAGAAUGGAGAUACAAUGAGAUCCGCUAUCAAACAGGUCGCUUCCGGCCGAUUCGGUGUCACCUCCAACUAUCUUGCUGAUGCGGAUGAGCUGCAAAUCAAGAUGGCUCAGGGUGCUAAGCCAGGUGAAGGAGGUGAACUGCCAGGUCACAAGGUGGCAGGGCCCAUUGCUCGUACUCGUCACUCUACUCCUGGUGUUGGUCUGAUUUCUCCACCACCGCACCACGACAUCUACUCCAUUGAGGACCUGAAGCAGCUUAUCUAUGAUCUCAAGUGUUCCAACCCUCGUGCACGAGUCUCCGUGAAGCUCGUGUCGGAGGUCGGUGUCGGUAUUGUUGCUGCUGGUGUCGCAAAGGCCAAGGCGGAUCAUAUUCUGAUCUCUGGCCACGACGGUGGUACCGGUGCUUCCCGAUGGACCGGUAUCAAGUACGCGGGCCUUCCGUGGGAAUUGGGUCUUGCUGAAACCCAUCAGACGCUGGUUCUUAACGAUCUCCGUGGCCGAGUCGUCGUCCAAACCGAUGGUCAACUCCGCACGGGACGCGAUGUCGCUAUCGCAUGCCUGCUUGGUGCCGAAGAAUUUGGUUUCGCAACAGCGCCUUUGAUUGCCAUGGGAUGCAUUAUGAUGCGGAAGUGUCACUUGAACACGUGCCCAGUCGGAAUCGCGACCCAGGAUCCCGAACUCCGCAAGAAGUUUAAGGGCACGCCCGAACACGUGAUUAACUUCUUCUACUAUGUGGCCAAUGAGCUGCGGGCAAUCAUGGCCAAACUCGGUUUCCGGACCAUCAAUGAGAUGGUGGGACGGGCUGAACUGCUCAAGGUCAGGGACGACAUCCGAACAACCAAGCAGCAGAAUAUCGAUUUGUCUCUGAUCUUGACUCCUGCUCACUCCCUGCGUCCCGGGGUUGCUACCUACAACGUCCGCAAGCAGGAUCACCGCCUCCAUGUCCGCCUCGACAACAAGCUUAUCGCCGAGUCUGAGCUUGCUCUGGAGAAGGGCUUGCCUUGCAGAAUUGAGUGCGACAUUGUUAACACUGAUCGGGCCUUUGGUGCUACCCUUUCUUACCAGAUCAGCCGUCGGUACGGAGAGGCUGGACUUCCGCACGACACUAUUCAUGUAAACAUCAAGGGCUCUGCUGGUCAAUCUUUCGGCGCCUACCUGGCUCCUGGUGUGACCUUGGAGCUCGAAGGUGACGCCAACGACUAUGUCGGUAAGGGCUUGUCCGGUGGUCGUCUGAUUAUCUACCCACCACGCGGUGCCGUCUACAAGGCCGAGGAGAACAUCAUUGUCGGUAACGUGUGUCUCUACGGUGCUACGAGCGGUACCUGCUUCUUCCGUGGUGUGGCUGCCGAACGUUUUGCGGUCCGCAACUCGGGAGCCACUGCCGUUGUGGAGGGUGUCGGCGACCAUGGCUGUGAAUACAUGACCGGCGGUCGUGUGCUGGUUCUCGGGCCCACUGGACGCAACUUCGCUGCCGGUAUGUCUGGAGGUAUCGCUUAUGUUCUUGACGUCAACCAAGACUUCCACUCCAAGAUCAACAUGGAGAUGGUUGAGGUGUCCGGCCUUGAGGACCCAGCUGAAAUUGCCUUUGUCCGUGGCCUCAUCGAGGAUCACCAUCACUACACCGGCUCCGAGCUCGCUGCACGCAUUCUUCUGGACUUCAACCGUGCCCUUCCUCGCUUCGUCAAAGUCCUGCCUACCGACUACAAGCGAGUCCUGCAGGAGGAAGCUGCCAAGGCGGAGGCUGCUAAGAAGGCGGAGUUCUCACUUCCCAAGCUGCCCAGCAGCGUUCCCGAAGAGAAGCCGAAGCACCAGCAUGAAGAAGCUAAGAAGAGCGACGUUUUGGAUAUCGAAGACAGCGUCAGUGACUCCAAGACGGAGAAGAAACGAACUGCCCUCAUUCUCGACAAGACCAGAGGGUUCAUGAAGUACAGCCGGCGCAGUGAGAAGUAUCGCAGCCCCGCCACCCGCACGCGCGACUGGGCAGAGCUCUCUAGCCGUCUUACUGAGGACGAGCUGAAGUACCAGUCUGCACGUUGCAUGGACUGCGGUGUCCCCUUCUGCCAGUCUGAAACUGGUUGCCCAAUUUCGAACAUCAUUCCCAAGUGGAAUGAGCUUGUCUUCCAGAACCAGUGGCAGGAUGCCCUGAACCGCCUCCUCAUGACCAACAACUUCCCUGAGUUCACUGGCCGUGUCUGCCCUGCCCCCUGUGAGGGCGCUUGCGUGCUGGGUAUCAAUGAUGAUCCAGUGGGCAUCAAGUCUAUUGAAUGCGCUAUCAUUGAUCGCGGCUUCGAGAUGGGCUGGAUCGUUCCUCGACCGCCGAAGACUCGCACCGGUAAGACUGUUGCCAUCAUUGGUUCCGGUCCUGCUGGUCUCGCUGCUGCUGAUCAGCUCAACCGCGCUGGUCACACUGUCACUGUCUAUGAGCGUGCGGACCGCAUUGGAGGUCUGCUCAUGUACGGAAUUCCGAACAUGAAGCUCGACAAGAAGAUUGUUCAACGACGUGUUGACCUCUUGGCUGCCGAGGGCAUCAAGUUCGUUCCCAACACUCCGGUCGGUCCCGACCAUGAGGUUACUUUGCAGUCCCUGCGCGCUUCCAAUGAUGCCGUCAUCAUCGCCACUGGAGCCACUGUUGCUCGCGAUCUCAAGAUUCCUGGUCGUGAGCUCGAGGGUAUUCACUUUGCUAUGCAGUUCUUGCACAAGAAUACCAAGUCCCUGCUUGACUCCGGACAUGCCGACGGCGCGUACAUCUCUGCUAAGGACAAGAAUGUCGUCGUCAUUGGUGGUGGUGAUACCGGCAAUGACUGCAUUGGUACCUCGCUUCGUCAUGGUGCCAAGAGCGUGACCAACUUUGAGCUUCUGCCGCAGCCUCCGCCAGAGCGAGCUCGUGACAACCCAUGGCCGCAGUGGCCUCGUAUCUACCGUGUCGAUUACGGUCAUGCUGAGGUCAAGACGCACAUGGGCAAGGACCCACGUGAAUACUGUAUCAUGUCUAAGGAGUUCGUCGACGACGGCAAUGGCCAUGUGAAGGGCAUCAACACCGUGCGUGUUGAAUGGACAAAGAGUGCCACUGGCGGCUGGGACAUGAAGACUAUUGAAGGCAGCGAGCAGUUCUUCCCCGCCGACCUGGUCCUGCUGUCUAUGGGUUUCCUGGGACCUGAGGACCGUCUGUUGGGUGAUGAGAUUGAACGCGAUGCUCGGAAGAACAUCAAGACUCCUCCUGGUCAAUACUCGACGAAUGUUCCUGGAGUCUUCGCCGCCGGAGAUUGCCGCCGUGGACAGUCUCUGAUCGUCUGGGGCAUCAACGAGGGUCGCCAAGCGGCUCGUGAAGUCGACUCUUAUCUGAUGGGCACUAGCUCUCAGCUUCCUGUGACUGGAGGCAUUGUCCGUCGUCCGGCUGCUGACACCGUCCCUCAGCCAGUCCAAGUGGCCACUGCUUAA